CAGUUCUGUAGACAGUGCAGAAAGAGCGUUCGGCUGAGACCAGAGAAGGACGUGGAGGGUUUUACCCAAAAUUACUUUUACAAAUGGGCCCCGUCGCCUAGCGUUUAAUACUCUCACUUGAGCCUUGCCCUAUGAGAUCUCGCACUUCGUGCUUCUCAACAUCCAGCACACUAAAAGGGUUUUCCAUCUGCAUACUGUUGACUGAAGCUCAGAGUAAUGGCAGCAAUUCCAUCCAGCGGCUCUCUUGUGGCAACCCAUGACUACUACCGAAGGCGCAUAGGGUCCACCUCUAGUAACAGCUCCUGCAGCAGUUCGGAGUACACUGGGGAGGUCAUUCCACACCAUCCCGGUCUGCCUAGGCAGGAUUCGGGACACUGGUGGUCCAGUUUCUUCUUUGCGAAACAGAACCAGCCAGGUGUGGCUCCUGGGACUGACCUCCAGCAGAAGGUGGUCAACAUGUCCAAUGGCCAGGUGACAUGUGUUGCCCAAGAGAUGGUGAAGCGGCAGGUGAGCGAGACCAACGACACGGGAAGCGCCACCCCCCCGUGACUUCGGCCCCUGCCCCGCCCCACCCUGCCAGCCCCGCAGGACGACGCUAGGAGACGGGGGUGCACCCCAUUUCUUAUUUUUGUACAUUUAUAGUAGAAACAGGCUGCUGUUUGUGUGUAACUACUCCUAUUACCAUUGAUGACCAAAACAGAAAACCGAAAAAAAAGUUAAUGUGAUAACACUUUUUCCAUGUGUUUGUAACACAGUAGUAGAUGUGAGCCUUUUGUGCACAUUUCCACUUCGUCACCCUUGCUUUUUGACGAUGAAUAAAGUAGCAUCGUGCAGCCUA